AUGACAUUUUUUCAUUUCAUCAAUUGUGUAGCCCUAGCCUAUGCUCCUUACUUCAUUGCAUACAAGUAUUCAGGUCUAAAUGAGUACAGUUCAUUUUGGCGAUGUGCUCAAGCUAGUGGCGGAUAUUUUUUGACCCAGCUAAUCAAGUUGUUAUUAUUAGCGACAUUCUUUCCAGCUGCAGAUGCUGAAGGAUUUAGCUUGUUGCCGGAAUUGCUGAAAAGUAGUGCUGAUGUCGUUGAUGUGAUUGGCAUGCAUAUAGUGAUGACGCAUCUGUUGAAUGGCAAAGGAGAGGUUCGAUUCCUAGCAGGCGGCCUUGGAUGGGGUGCAGCACAUUCGGUAGCAAGCAGCUUCAUACUUUUUUGGGUUGGAGCCAGGGCAUCUGCCUUCUCGUGGCGCUGGAUCCAGAUGGCUUUGGAUUCUUCUUUCGAUCUUGUACUGUUCGUAGCCAUGGCGGCUUUGACAUGGAUGGCAACCAGAGCAGCCAGCAGGCACUUGGUGUUUAUACUUCUCACUGCUUGCGUCUUCCACUCUUUUGUCUAUCAAGUGCUAUUCUCAGUCUUCGGUGUCCGUGGCUGGCUUAUGGUCCUAGCUCGAUUCGCCUACUCAACAGCUAUCGCAUGCGGAGCAUUCAUUGCUUAUGCUAAGUUGCGAAUUCAAGAAUACGUUUGCACAGUUCUGAUGAGCUUUUACGGAAUGGAUGCGGAUAUACCACUGUUACCAUCACAGCCUGUAGAAGAAUUCGUUAUACCUGACGGUUCACUUGUUGGUCCAGGAGAUGGAGUGGAAAUCGUACCAUCAAGUGAAUUUGUCACACCGCUGUCGCCCACGAAGCGGUUUGGGUAA